AGGGUUUGAGAGGCCGUCUGCGUUAUAAAAUCUCCACUUUGCUAAACCCUUCCCAUUCCUCCGCCCCAGCAGAUUAGCGCCGCUCUUCAGCUUCUUCACUUCGUCUAAGGAAGCAGAACCUCUGAUCCCUACUUCAGCUCAAAAAAUGUCCGGAGAAGAAGUUGCUGUUGCUACACCUGAGGUACCAGUUGCAGCUGGUGAGCCAAUGGACAUCAACACAGCCUUGCCCCUUGUGGUGAGGAAGUCACAAGCUCACGGUGGUCUUGCGCGUGGCCUCCAUGAAGCUGCCAAGGCAAUUGAAAAGAACACCGCACAUCUUUGUGUUAUUGCUGAGGACUGUGACCAGCCAGAUUAUGUUAAACUGGUCAAGGCACUCUGUGCAGAUCACAAUGUUAAAGUGCUAGUUGCACCGAGUGCAAAAACCCUUGGCGAGUGGGCUGGUUUGUGUAAGAUAGAUUCUGAGGGGAAAGCAAGGAAGGUAGUCGGUUGCUCUUGUGUAGUUGUGAAGGAUUACGGGGAACAACACGAGGGUGUUGAAGUUGUUCAGCAGCACAAGGAUUAAGGAAUUCAUUAGAGGAGGGUUUCUUUGCUAGUAGCAGAGUUCAUGUUUUUGAUCAUUUAUGAUGUUUGAUAGUAAACGAGAGAGUACUUUGCUUUUUUUUUUCUUCAAAAUUGUCAUGAGAUUGCGAUGCCCAACUGCUUGUUUCUUAAGUAUGCUACCUUUUUAACCUUUCUAUGAACUUAAAUUAUUGGCUUAGGACUUGCAAACCAUUUUGAAAUUCAACAAUUUUAUCUGA